ACACUCUUUGCUGAGUGUCCUGGGCUCACCCCAGAGCCAACGCUGACCACGAGGCUGGAGCUGCAGGCCAGGGUUGCUGUAGGCUGGGCCGAGGUUGAGCAGCCUCUUGUAGGGCAGGUUUCUGAAGCGGAACAGGAAGUGAAAUGUCCAGGACUUGGAACUGGGGCUGGAAUUCAAGCCAUGCUUCCCACCGGGCUCUAUGCUGUGAUCUUUACUUCCUCGUGUGUGUGACGACGAUGUCUACCACACAGGAUAGGAUGAGUAUCCCAGAAAGCACGGGAGAUGGGGGACCCAGGCAGUUCUUUUCUCAUUUCCCGUCCUCUGGUCUGCUCUACGGGGGGAGGAGGGAAGCCUGUGCAGAGUGCGCAGGACAGCCUCGGGACAGGUCUUCACCUUCCACCUUCUUUCACUCAGCUUUGAACACCAUGGACGCACUGCCGGCCUGCCUGCUCCGGGAUGUGGCCCAGGAGGCCCUGGGUGUGGCUGUCAUCGGCAUCGACGAAGGGCAGUUUUUCCCUGACAUCGUGGAAUUCUGUGAAUGGAUGGCCAAUGCAGGCAAGACAGUGAUUGUGGCAGCACUUGAUGGAACCUUCCAGAGAAAGGCUUUCGGAAACAUCUUGAACCUGGUGCCCCUGGCCGAGAGCGUGGUGAAGCUGACUGCCGUGUGUAUGGAGUGCUUUCGAGAAGCUGCCUACACCAAGAGGCUGGGCAUGGAGAAGGAGGUGGAGGUGAUAGGCGGAGCAGACAAGUACCACUCCGUGUGCCGCCUGUGCUACUUUAAGAAGUCCCCGGUGAAGCCGUCUGGACCGGACAACAAAGAGAACCUCCCGGUGCUGGGACAGCCUGCAGAGGCCUCAGCUGUCAGGAAGCUCUUUGCCCCUCACCAAGUCCUACAGCACAACUCUGCCAACUGAGCGACCUGGGGCUGGAAUUGCCUCAUAACAGACGCUGCCAGGGACAGGCUCAGCUGCUGGUCACAGCCUUUUGAGUUCCCUUCUGGGUUGCUGAAAUGCUUCAGCCCAGUGGAGAGCCAGCGCCUGCCUGGUCAUUAGGGCUUGAGGUGAGGACAGAGCCACAUGGUUGUUGUGACAUUGGUGGUGCUGGCUUCUUCCUCCUUGGCGGCUUUCACUGCUGGGUUUCAGUUUUGUGGAGCCCCGCCCAUUACCAAGGCUCAAGCCCUCCCUUUGUGCUAACGCCUGACCUACACUCCCACAAUGGCCCCCAGGGACAGUCUACAGUGGAGCUGGUCUUGCCCUGCUCAGAGCCCCAGCCCCAUGACUCAGGGCUCUUAGUUAUGCUACAGUAUAAAAUAAAUAAUUAAUAUUAAA